AGAAGGGCCGAGAGAAAGCCAACUAUCACAUCUGUACAGUAAUUUAAAUGGCGUCCUCAUACAUACUUUGAUUAUCACAAGCCUGUGAAGUACGCACGCGAGGCAUCAUUAGCUCCGUUUUAUGGGUCAGGAAACUGACCCACGGGGGUCAGGAAUGAUUGACUACGGCGGAGCCAGGACUUUGACCUCCGCCUCCCGGACUAGGGUUCUGUCCCCGCCAGGCUUCGGCAACUUUGAUUGGCGCUGAGGGUCUCGGUUUCCUUUACUUCACCCGCAUUCCGUUUGCCAACCCAGCCCAGAGACGCGGGCGGCUGGCGAGUGGCAGGUGCCGGGCGAGGUGCAGGUGCGGCGGCGGUGAACGCGCGGCGCCUUAGGCCCCCGCGACCAUAGAGUCCGGAAGUGCGGCCAGAGCAGCUCCCGGGGGCGCCACACGGGCUGAGCCCGGGACAGGGAGGGCUGCGCCCGGGCAGGCGGAAUGGCCUCAACGCUGGCCGUCAGGGUGGUCGCGGGGCUAGCGGCAGCGGUGCUGGCGGCCGUGCUCUUGGAGCACUAUGGCCUGGCAGGUCAGCCCUCGCCGCUGCCCCAGCCCCGCGUCUCCCGGAGCCUGCACCCCGCGCCGGGCCCCGGAGUCAGCAACAUCUUCUGGGGUCUGCAGAUAUCCGACAUUCACCUGAGCAGGUUUCGUGAUCCAGGCAGAGCUGUAGACUUAGAGAAGUUCUGUUCAGAAACUAUUGGCAUCAUUCAACCAGCUCUCGUCCUGGCAACAGGAGACCUGACUGAUGCCAAAACAAAGGAACACUUGGGAUCCAGGCAGCAUGAGGUAGAAUGGCAAACUUACCAGGGUAUUCUGAAGAAGACAAGGGUCAUGGAAAAAACCAAGUGGCUUGAUGUUAAAGGAAAUCAUGAUGCAUUCAACAUUCCAAGUCUGGAGAGUGUCGAGAAUUAUUACAGGAAAUAUUCUGCCGUACGUAGGGAUGGCUCUUUCCAUUAUGUCCACAAUACUCCCUUCGGCAACUAUUCUUUCGUCUCUUUGGAUGCCACCCCAAAUCCAGGGCCUAAGAGACCCUAUAAUUUCUUUGGAAUUUUAGAUGAGAAGCGGAUGGAGGAACUUCUAUUACUGGCUAAGGAAAGUAGUCGGAGCAACCACAGUAUUUGGUUUGGACACUAUACAACAUCCACUAUCCUUUCUCCAUCGCCUGGAAUUCGGUCAAUAAUGAGUUCAGCUACAGCGUAUUUGUGUGGGCACCUCCAUACCCUUGGUGGACUGAUGCCUGUUUUGCACACUCGUCACCUCCAGGGCACUUUGGAACUUGAGGUGGGAGAUUGGAAGGAUAACAGAAGGUACCGGAUCUUUGCUUUUGAUCAUGACCUUUUUAGCUUUGCAGAUUUGGUUUUUGGCGAGUGGCCUGUGGUUCUUAUCACUAAUCCUAAGUCACUCCUAUAUAGUUGUGCUAGACAUGAACCACUAGAAAGACUCCUUCAUUCAACACAUAUCAGAGUCUUGGCCUUUUCCUUAUCCUCCAUUACUUCUGUCACAGUUAAGAUUGAUGGAGUUCAUUUAGGGCAAGCUCUUCAUUUGUCUGGUCCUAUUUUCACACUGAAGUGGAACCCAAGAAACUACAGUAAUAGGACACAUAACAUAGAAGUAAUUGUCCAGGAUUCUGCUGGAAGAAGUAAGAGUGUCCACCACAUAUUUUCUGUUCAAGAGGAUAUUCAUCUCAGAUUUGAUCCCCUGGCAUCAUUUAUUCUCCUUACUGACCAUUGCAUCGUGGCCCGGGUCCUUUUUGUGGUGAUUGUGCUGAUCCAGCUCACCAUUCUCAUUACUUUUAGGCACCGAGGAUAUCCAGAGCAUAAAGGGUCUCCAGGAUUUAUAAAUAUGACCUCAUUUUCCCUCCACGUCCUGAGCAAACUAAACAUCUUCUACUAUCCUGUGUUGUUGCUAACCCUAUAUACAGCACUGGGACCAUGGUUUGUUGGUGAGAUCACUAAAGGCAAAUUGGGUUGCUGCUUUUCCUUUGGUAUGUUUGUUGAUGGACAUUUCCUACAAGGCAGCCUAACAUUUGUAGUUGGAAUUCUGCAGCUAGCAUUUUUUAACAUACCCUUGAUGGCUUACCUGUGUUGGAGCUUGCUGCAGCGGUGCUUUGGUCACAACUUUCGGUCUCAUCUCCAUCAAGGAAGAUACUUGAAAAUUAUACCUGUUCACCUACUUAUGUUACUGUUGUACAUCUGGCAGAUUUAUUCCUGCUACUUUCUUCAUAUGACAUAUGGUGCUCUGGCCUUUUUCUUCUCCCCUUUGCGGACCUGGUUGACACUGUUGACACCUGUUAUCAUUCGUUGCGUGUGGACUCUGAACUCUACUGAGCUUGGAACCUUCAUAGCACAGUUAAAAAGCCACUUGAGCUCCUGAAGGCUUGCCUCACCAUCUGCCUCUGUAGCCCAGGCCUCUGCCCCAGCAGCAGGUGGAAGGCCAGUGCUGGUGGGGAAGCUUCAGCAAGCUGCUGCACCCUGGACAUCUGGGAUUGGGGGGAUUACCCACUAUUGAUUCCUGCAGAAUGGACUGCAGAAAAAUCUAAAUAAUGCCAUGAUUCCUUCCUUCUCCAAGAAGACGGAGGAUUGAUUUACUUUUGUGAAGAGGAAGUUCUAAUCAGGAGAUCCACAGGGUCAGGGCUGGGGUGUGUGUGUGUGGGGGGGGAGUAUGAGAAGCUCACUGUAUUAAAAUUUUAAGUUUACCUCGUGUAAAGUACCUUGCACAGUAUGUGGAAAUCAGCAGCCGGUAAAGGUGCCACUUUAGGGGCAGGGAAGCAGUCCGACCUGGGGCCCUCCCCUGACUACCCUUGAGAUACUAGCUCCAAGUCGUUUUUUCCCUCGGGGCUAAGGGCUCUCGGCUUCUUUAGGUGGGGGUGCUUUCAGCUAAUCAAAUAAAAGAGUGAUGAAUAAGAA